UUCUUUCCUUCCUGUUUUUUCUUUCUCUAGUUAUCUCGUGCAAUGAGUCAUGGGCCUUUAGCUUGCGUACGCAUACCAACUCUUCUCUAAAUGGCGUCUUUUCGAUCCUUGGCUGGGCCAGCUUCCAUCUCAUCAACAUCGAAUGACCAAUAUACCCCGGUGUCUGAUGGAUCGGUGGAUGAGCAGUCAAGGCGUGGCCGAAAUAGUUCGUUGAAGCUUCAGACUGAUUUUGGCACCGUUCCAGAUCGCUUUUCUGAAGAUGAUGCCGACGAGUACAAUUACAACGACGAGGCGCAGCCGAAAUUCUAUCGUCCCCGCCUGCCGAAGUAUACAGCUGUAGAGGAGCAGCAGGUAGUAAAGAAGUUUGACCGCAGGCUCGUCCCAUUCCUCGCCCUUCUUUAUCUGCUGUCUUUCCUAGACCGUUCAAAUAUCGGAAACGCAAAGAUUGCCGGUCUUGAAGAAGACCUGAAUCUAUCUUCAUCACAGUAUGAAUGGCUCUUGACGGCGUUCUAUAUCACCUACAUUCUUUUUGAGUGGAUGACCCUGCUAUACCGCGUAUUUCCCGCACAUGUCUAUAUAUCGCUCUGUGUUUUUGGAUGGGGCUUCGUAGCGUCCCUGCAGUCGCUCGCAACGUCCUUUGGGACAAUGGUGUUCCUGCGCGCCAUGCUAGGGAUCACAGAAGCAGCAUUCGGUCCAGGCGUUCCAUUUUAUCUGUCUCUAUUCUACAAGCGCGAGGAGCUCGCCUUUCGAAACGCAUUGUUCAUUUCCGCCGCCCCGCUGGCCUCGUCGUUCGCUAGCAGCCUGGCGUGGCUGAUUGUGAAAUCCAGUAGCGAUGGGCCUAUUGCACCAUGGCGCACAUUGUUUCUGGUGGAAGGAUUCCCCAGCGUCAUUGUCGCUGUUUUUGCCUGGUACACGAUUCCUGACUCACCGGGAACUUCGGCGUUCCUUGAGCCCCGUCAACGGAUGGUGGCUCAGCUGCGGAUGGGAAACGGUGCCAAACCUGAGCAUCAUGGCCAUGGCAGGAGGUUCAACUGGGGUGAGGUUGGAAAGACUCUGUCUGAUCCCAAGUCCUAUAUUACAGCUUUCAUGUUUUUCAGCUGCAACGUUGCCUUCAGCUCUAUGCCCGUCUUCCUGCCCACCAUUUUGCAUGAUAUGGGCUAUACCUCUCAAACCUCGCAAGCUCUCAGCGCCCCACCAUACUUGGUUGCCUUCAUCACUGUGCUCGCAACAGCCUACCUCUCCGACCGCUCCCGCUCCCGCAGCCCGUACCUAAUAACACAUGCCCUCAUCUCGGCGAUAUCGUAUCUGGCCAUCGCGCUAACCGGUUCUUUCCAUGCGUCCCUCUCACCCUCACUUCACACCGCAAUCCGGUAUAUCUGCGUUUACCCCGCAACAGCAGGCUUCUUUUCGGCAAUCACGCUGAUCAUUACAUGGAGCAUGGACAAUCGUGCAGCGCAAGAGGGCAAAGGUGCGAGUGUGGCGAUUCUCAAUGUCAUUGGACAAUGCGGGCCAUUGCUGGGCACGAGGCUCUAUCCUGCUGAAGAUGGACCUUGGUAUGUCAGGGGAAUGGCGGUCUGCGCGGGAUUUAUGGCUGUUGUUGCAAUUCUCGCGGCGGUAUUGAGGGGGAUAUUGAAGAGAGCAAACGAAAAGAUGGCGGAGGGUGAGAGGGGGAGCGACGGGACAGAUAGAGAGCGGGAGGUGCUGAUCCUGGGGAGUGGAGGGCAAAGGAGGGAGGUGUUCACGUAUAUUAUGUAA